AUGGCAAAUAACGAAGUUAUUCUACAAGAACUGAGAGCCUUUCGACUAGAAAUCAAAGAACAACUUGAGGGCAUCAAGGAAGAGCUGACUAGAGCGAAUAACAGGCUGGAAGAAGCUGAGGAGCGGAUUGAGAAAGCAGAGGAGAGAAUUCUCAACGUGGAAGAAGCUAUGACCGAGCUAGUGCAGCUAAACAUAAAGCUGGAGGAGAAGAUGGUGGAUAUGGAGAGCCGACACUACUGCGUGAAGGCUUGGGAAUUGGACGGCGUGGACAUUAGCAUUGAACGAGCCCACCGCUCGCUAGGCCCCGCUUCUCCCCAAGACGCUCCGCCACGCUCUAUCGUGGUUAAGUUUCUAAGCUUUAAGAUCAAAGAACAAAUACUCCGCAAAUCAUGGCAGAAGAAAGGAUUUACUUGGAAUGGUAAACACAUAUCACUGGACAACGAUUACCCCCCUCUCAUCCUUAAGAAACGAAAGGAAUACGCAGAAGUACGCAAGAUUUUGAAGGCAAAGCAGAUACCAUUUCAAACCCUCUACCCAGCGCGACUAAAGGUGAAGUUCACGGAUGGAGAAAUAACCUACGCCUCUUCAUCAGAAGCGACUGAGGAUAUGUCCCGGAGAGGCUACGCUGUCAAGAUCAUCAAACCUCCCGAAACAAUCCUGGAGCAACUGAAGCAGUUGACCUGGACCAGAGUGACCAGAGGAGGAGGUAGCAGUGCAGCGCAACCGGGACAAGAACCAGGCUAUAAGAAGAAGCUCCGUACCUUCAGGAGAACGGUAGCCACCACUUCAGGGACUUGA